AUGGCAGAGAAAUUUGAAAGUCUCAUGAACAUUCAUGGUUUUGAUCUGGGCUCUAGAUACAUGGACUUAAAACCAUUGGGCUGUGGAGGCAAUGGCUUGGUUUUUUCUGCUGUAGACAAUGACUGUGACAAAAGAGUAGCCAUCAAGAAAAUUGUCCUCACCGAUCCCCAGAGCGUCAAACAUGCUCUCCGUGAAAUCAAAAUUAUUAGAAGACUUGACCAUGAUAACAUUGUGAAAGUGUUUGAAAUUCUUGGUCCCAGUGGAAGCCACUUAACAGAUGAUGUGGGCUCUCUCACGGAGCUGAACAGCGUCUACAUAGUUCAGGAGUACAUGGAGACAGACUUGGCGAACGUGCUGGAGCAGGGUCCUCUACUGGAAGAGCAUGCCAGGCUUUUCAUGUAUCAGCUGCUACGUGGACUCAAGUAUAUCCAUUCUGCAAACGUACUGCACAGAGAUCUCAAGCCAGCUAAUCUUUUCAUUAACACUGAAGACUUGGUGCUGAAGAUAGGUGACUUUGGUUUGGCACGGAUCAUGGAUCCUCAUUAUUCCCAUAAGGGUCAUCUUUCUGAAGGAUUGGUUACCAAAUGGUACAGAUCUCCACGACUUUUACUUUCUCCUAAUAAUUAUACUAAAGCCAUUGACAUGUGGGCUGCAGGCUGUAUCUUUGCUGAAAUGUUGACUGGUAAAACCCUCUUUGCAGGUGCACAUGAACUUGAACAGAUGCAGCUCAUCUUAGAAUCUAUUCCUGUUGUGCAUGAGGAAGAUCGUCAGGAGCUUCUCAGUGUGAUUCCAGUUUACAUUAGAAAUGACAUGACUGAGCCACACAAACCGCUAACUCAGCUGCUUCCAGGAAUUAGUCGAGAAGCACUGGAUUUCCUGGAACAGAUUCUGACAUUCAGCCCCAUGGAUCGGCUAACAGCAGAGGAAGCGCUUUCCCAUCCUUACAUGAGCAUCUACUCUUUUCCAACGGAUGAGCCAAUUUCAAGCCAUCCUUUUCACAUAGAAGAUGAAGUUGAUGAUAUUUUACUUAUGGAUGAAACACACAGUCACAUUUAUAACUGGGAAAGGUAUCAUGAUUGUCAGUUCUCGGAGCAUGACUGGCCUAUUCAUAACAACUUUGAUAUCGAUGAAGUUCAGCUUGACCCAAGAGCUCUGUCUGAUGUCACCGAGGAAGAAGAAGUUCAAGUUGAUCCUCGAAAAUACUUGGAUGGAGACCGAGAGAAGUACCUGGAGGAUCCCGCCUUUGACACUAGCUACUCUGCUGAGCCUUGCUGGCAGUACCCAGAUCACCACGAGAACAAGUACUGUGAUCUGGAGUGUAGCCACACCUGUAACUACAAAACAAGGUCACCAUCAUAUUUAGAUAACUUGGUAUGGAGGGAGAGUGAAGUUAACCAUUACUAUGAGCCCAAACUUAUUAUAGAUCUUUCCAACUGGAAAGAGCAAAGUAAAGAAAAAUCCGAUAAAAAAGGCAAGUCAAAGUGUGAGAGGAACGGAUUGGUCAAAGCACAGAUAGCGCUGGAGGAAGCAUCCCAGCAACUGGCGGAGAAGGAAAGGGAGAAGAGCCAGGGCUUUGACUUUGAUUCCUUCAUAGCAGGAACUAUUCAGCUUAGUUCCCAGCAGGAGCCUGCUGACGUUGUUGACAAGUUAAACGACUUGAAUAGCUCAGUGUCCCAGCUAGAAUUGAAAAGCUUGAUCUCCAAGUCAGUCAGCCAAGAGAAGCAGGAAAAGGGGAUGGCGAACCUGGCUCAGCUGGAAGCCUUGUACCAGUCCUCCUGGGACAGCCAGUUGGUGAGCGGCAGCGGGGAGGAGUGUUUCCUCAUCAGUCAGUUCUGUUGUGAGGUCAGGAAGGACGAGCAUGUGGAGAAGGAGAACACGUACACCAGCUAUCUGGACAAGUUCUUUAGCAGGAAGGAAGAUUCUGAAAUGCUAGAAACUGAGCCAGUUGAGGAAGGGAAGCGUGGGGAGAGAGGACGCGAGGCAGGGCUUCUGAACGGCAAUGGGGAGAUCCUCCUGAGCAAGCAGCUAGAGUCCAUAGGCACUCCGCAGUUCCACAGUCCAGUGGGGUCCCCACUCAAGUCCAUCCAGGCCACGUUAACACCUUCCGCUAUGAAAUCUUCCCCUCAAAUCCCUCACAAGACAUACAGCAGCAUUCUGAAACAUCUGAACUAAACACUCAGCAGACAUUUCUCUUUGUUCUUCAUGAGAUGUGUUGUCUUUUUUUAUCACUAAUGUUCUAAGUCAGUUUUUUACUUGAAUCAGAAGGUGUCAUUAAUUUGCAAGGAGUUUUCUUAGUUCUCGGUUUGUAAAAUGCAGACUUUUUCUACAUGUGAGUUAGUUUUCAUUUGAACUGGCAUGUCAUUUGCACACAUACACACAAAGAAUAGAGCAAAACAAUGCAGUGCAGGAGGAGACGAGAUGCGCUAGGGUGAACAGACAUUCUCAUAGACCAGUGACCUGCUUUACGGGAAACAAAACCUUGCCUUGAAACUUACACAGUGAGACUGUACAUAAUUGCAUGAAAAGAUCUAUUUUUUUCCUGAAACAUUUUUCAUUCAUUAGUAUUUUCAAGUUUUUCAUACUGUACACAUUUCUUAAGACACAUGAUACCAGCAGCAACUGAAAACGAAUGCCGAAUUUGGUACACAUGUGUUAUCUACCUCAAGGUAACAAAAGUAUGUGGCGAAACAUAAACCACCCAUAGUGCUCCACGGCAUCUGCACUUCUAUCCAGCCAGCGUUUAUCGUAGUAAACUAUUGAGACCCGUUCACCGUUUAUAAAUGUCCUGGUAUUCAUUCUUAAUAGUGAGUGUUAAAUACAUCACAUCUUAUUUAUUUUUAGCGAAUCAGUAUAUUUUCUGUAUUUAAUUAUAGAAGUUAACUUAGUUUUAAGUUUAUUUGCAACUGCCCUUUUUUCCAUUUGGCACUAUGGUUUGUUGCCUGCCAAGCUGAUGACGUCAGCUUGCUCUGAGGCUGUCCAUGUACGUUAAGUAAAGUACUCACUGUGUAUAGGAAUCUGUAUUUUGGAGGUGCUUGAUCUAUCUACAAAGAAAAAUUAGGAAUUUAUUAUAAAAUGCUCCUAGAAGUCUUAAUUGUGUUUAUUUUUUAAAAACUUGUAAUGUUAGACUUGUGUGCAUGGAAGUAAUUAAGGUACAUCAUUAUUGUAGUUUAAACAUUGUACAUGAUAAGCCUCCCCCCCCCCCCCCGUUUUUACUGUAUGUUUUUAUUGGAUGAUCUAUUUCCCAUCCCUAGGCAAGCAUGAAUAAAAUUAGGUUAAAUGUA